AGCCUGUUACUCUGGAAAAGUAACAGGCUUGACCACUUCAAGCUAAUAUGCUUAUUGGUCAAUUGGUCUAAAAGGUCAUGGUCACAAAACCACAUGCUUACUUAGAAAGGUGAUUACUUGUAUCAUUAUAUUAUGACAAAUAAAUAAUUGUAUAGAUUAAAUGUAAAAAGAUGGUAACAGUAUUGACAUUGUAUUAAAAGAGUUCUUUAAUCCAUAAAAAUUGUGUUUCCCACAAAAUUGCAGACAAAUCGCAGACUCCACAAAUUAAUAAGAUGAACACGUGUCAGAGAGAAAAUGUGUCUGUAACUAAUCAGCUAUAGAAACAUAAAGCAAACAAAAAACUGCCUUUUCCAUCAGCCUGAGACUCAGUAUUUCACCUGUCACUCCCCUCCGUUUGACUGUAAAGUGCAAGUCUAGCCUGAUGGUUCCGUAACACACAACAAGACCAACAUGUGUGUGUCUGGCGACACAGUCAGGCUCAGGGUAGCAAAGGGAUGAAUUUCGAGUAUCUCACCUAACGCUAGCUGUGAGGGCGCAAACACCCGCUCAAUAGGCCUCAGCUGUAAAGCCUCGCGAAUAAAUUAGGACAAUAAAAGACAAAUACGUGUCUUCAUAAUCGUGCAACACAUGGUUGUUCUUGGCAAGGCUCUACAAAGCAGUGGAUAAUACCACUAUCAGAGCCCUGUCUCGCCGAUAGUUUGUGAGCGAGGGUUUUUAUUCUGAAAAUAUACACAGGAAGCGAUGCAUUUUCAUGUUUGCCUACUUGACAGGUAUUGUAUUAACACCUGGGGAGACAAGAGGGGCUCAGCAUCCCGUCCUGCAGGAGGGUGUUGUAGUCUCGUUGAGGAAAGCGGCACCUUGGACUGAACGGAGGAUACUGAGUCAACAUGCGCUGUCUCCACAUCAGAGGGAUUUUUCUCACUCUGUGUUUGGCUCCAGCUGCUUUGUCGAGCUUGCACCCUGAAUGUGAGUUUAUAUUUCAGUUGGAGAAAGAGGAGCGUAACUGCCUUCAGUACAUUGUGGAGCAGGACAACGGAAGCACAGAAGGUUGUCGGCCAUUCUGGGAUGCCGUCGUCUGCUGGCCUCAUGCAGUCGUCGGUGAAACAGUCCAAAGAGCUUGUCCUGCAGUCUUCUCCCUCUUUAAAAACAACACAGGUUCUGUGAGCCGUAAUUGCACAAGUGGAGGUUGGUCCGGACCUUUACCACCGUACCACAUUGCCUGCAGUGUGGAUGAUGACAUUCCCGAGACAGAGCAGUCAUACUUUGCCACAGUCAAGCUGAUAUACACCAUUGGCUAUAGCAUCUCUCUUGUGGUGCUGGCUUUUGCUGUGUUGAUCCUGCUACUCUUCAGGAGGCUGCGUUGUGCCAGGAACUUCAUUCACAUCCAGCUCUUCAUUACGUUUAUCCUGAAAGCUGUGGCAGUGUUCAUAAAGGAUGCUACACUCUUUUCAAGUGAUGAUACCAACCACUGCACCCUUUCCACAUUUUCCUGUAAGUCCUCUGUGGUCUUCUGUCACUACUGUGUAAUGGCCAAUUUUUUCUGGCUCCUGGUGGAGGCGCUCUACCUCAAUUCUCUGCUGCUUUCUUCAUUCUGUCACAGUCGUCGAUGUCUCUGGGUCUUCAGCCUGUUGGGAUGGGGUGUACCUGUCCUCUUCAUUGCCCUGUGGAUUGGAUCCAGGGUGUACUUUGAGGACACAGAAUGUUGGGACAUCAAUGAGGACUCGCCCUAUUGGUGGAUCAUCAAGGGACCAAUUGUUGUAUCCAUAGCGGUUAACUUUAUGCUCUUCAUGAACAUCAUCAGAAUCCUGAUACAGAAGCUCAAUCCCCGGCUGAUCCAGUUCAAUAACUCCUCUCAGUACAGACGCCUGACUAAGUCCACCCUCCUCCUCAUCCCUUUGUUUGGUACUCACUACAUGUUCUUCAAUUUUCUGCCUGACUACUUCAAUGUUAACCUGCGCCUCUGUAUCGAGCUCUGCAUGGGAUCCUUCCAGGGGCUUCUUGUUGCAAUUCUCUACUGCUUUCUGAAUCAAGAGGUCCAGAAAGAGGUCCACUUGCAGUGGCUGAGGUGGCAGGAGCGGAGCUAUGGUGCGGUGUCACCUGCUGCAAAGGGCAGCCAGAUGGACACACCCUUCUAGUGGUGUCCUGUCAAACCUUCACCCUCUUCCUAUAAGUCUUCUGCUAUCUGAACAUUAACACAGAAUUUCUUCUGUGCACGUCAUCAUCUCUAAAUGGGUUGCACGGUACGUACAAGUGGUCAUGCACCUCUAAAGCCUCAGCCUGUAAAGUUUUCAUUCCAAACUUGACGACUGUUUUACUGGCUGCACUACUUCAGCCAGAAUGGAGAAACUGAGGUCAACUUUCCAACAGAAAAUGAUUCUGAAAUCUCAUCACAUUUUACACACAGAUUAAAACAGGUCCUGCCAAUCUUGUACACAUAUCCCACAGGACACUGUGACAACAGCUUUAGAAAGAUCUGCCUUAAGAUUUCCUCUGAGGCCUCACUGGUCAAGUGAGAGAAUGAUAAUUUACUGAGCUGUAUGCUCAGCCUAACUAUCAAAGAACCAUCAAUUAUCAAGUAAUGUGAUUUCACCCGAUAUAGGUUUUAUCCAACAAAAGAAUAUGCUGUCAUGUCAAGUGUACAUUAUAAUGUACUCACUAUGUAUGCAGUCAAGGUUUUGUUAUGAAGCUGUAGCUUACUGCACAAAUGAAUUAUCACUCAGCUGACUCACAUGGUAAAUAAAAUGUAUUAUUAUUAUUAAUGACUCAUAUUAUUCAUUGGUUUUAAAAUAUUAAAUGACAUAAUCUAUAUAAUAUCUGAAACUGUGGGAAGCACUGAUUGAUUUUUCUGACUUGUUCAGCACACAGGGAGGUUAGUACUGUAAGUAUGUGUAUGUUUUCUUGUGGUUUUUCCGCUUAUUAAACUUAAUGUUUUUGUAUAUUUAUUUACUUGUUGUUUUAUUUAUUCAUUCACAGUAAGGAUCACAGUAAAAAUGAAAUACAUCUGUUGAUGCUGAUGUUGUGGGGUGCAGCUUCAUGAACGAAUAACCUAAAGCCUACUCAUGCUAAGCAGUGACAUUAGCACGUGGGCCUUUUUUUAAGUGAAAAUUUGCACACUGUUGAAAACCACUCCACUGUAUACUUUAAAAGUUAAAGCCAAUGCAGCGUGUUGUGUUCUGUCAUGUCAUGCGGUCGACUCCAUCUGUAUUAAAGAAGUCUCAGCAUCUCCACUGCCAUCUGUGAUUCAGCAAAGGACUGGAAUACAUGAAUAGUAACUUUAUUAUGGUAAUAAUUAAAAAUAAUCUUAAUAUCAAUGUAUAAAAUAGCUGUUAACAUGCAGUACUUUCAACUGCAUGGUUGAAUAAAUAACGGUAAAAGUAUACAAGAUUUCCAUAAUUACCGUAUUUGUAGAUCUCUGUGAGAAAUGAUUUAUUGUUUGUAUUCUUAUGUGUACCUCACCUCGUCAUCACAUUUCUUUUAUAUAAAUUAAACAUUUGCCUUAAACUGAAUGUGUAAACUAGUGCCUGUCAGACUGUUAUUGUUAUUGUUAUUUUUCUCUGUUGUUGCAUUUGGAUGUUUGCUGCUUCUGUGACGUUUGAUGUCUUGUGAGAAUAGCACAAUAAA